AUGUUUUAUUCCAAAGAAAUAUUAACGCAAAAAAAAGAAGGAUUUGGAAUAAUUUGGUUGGCCGCAACCUUGGGCUCACGAUCUAAUUUUCGAAAACUUUCGAAAAAGGAAGUAAAUUCGGUUGAUAUUGUCAAUGCCUGUAAAUAUAUUACUACGCCACCCGAACCGCUCGCUCUUCGACUAACUUCCAAUCUUAUGGUUGGAAUCUCACGCGUUUUUAAUCAACAAUAUCAUUUUUAUUACACCGAUGUGAAUGGGGUAUGGCAUAACUUGCAAAAGGCUUUAACUGAAAUUCAUGGAGAAUCGAUCGAUAUGGCAAAUCCACAAGCUAGACGUGAAGCGAUUACCUUGAAGGAUGAUCCUUUUUUCGAGUUUGAGUUAAAUUUUCCUUUGCAUGACAUUACCAUGCUACAUGAUAUAGAAAAUCAAAUGGAGCUCGUACAAAUCUCAUCGCCAUCGAUUGAAGGUACUCGUCAAUGUCCCACUCUUUCCGCCAAUGGGUCGUAUAAUAAAAGUAAUAAAAGUCAACUUUCUUUAAUAACUCUACCUGAAAUUGAUACCGGAUUCACUGCUUCUUCUGGUGAACUCGGUGGAUUCGGUGUAGAUUUGAAUGACGAUAUCCUAAUGAAAGAUGAUUCCGGCAUAAGAAUUGAAUUUGACGCAGAGGGUGGUUUGCAUGAAGUUUUCACGCUUCAACAGCAAGUUGAUGAUACUAACCCAACGAACGAUAUAAUCAGAAGAGUAAAUGGCGACAAACGCCUUGAAGGAAGGAGAGAGAACCAAAGACGUAAAAGAAGCCUUAUAAAUGAAGAACCACAAGAAAUGGAAGUGGACAAUGAAUUAGGAAUUCAACCUAUGGACGUCAAUGCUUUCGAGGCACGAGAUAUGGAACUUAAUGAAGGAAAUCAACAACAAAUACCCAUUGAAGAACAAGAUAAUGUAAAUAAGGAAAAUGAACCCGACGAGCAUCCUUUACCCGAACAAAGACGUAAAAGGAGACGUAGAAUUCGUGUUAUGUUCGAUGAAGAAACUGAGUUAACUAAUGAGCAAAUACUUGAGAUGCGUCAAGACGUUAUAGACGAUCUGGAUGAGGCCGAAUUUGUUAAAAGUGAAAAGAUGAGAAUGCAAGAAAGCAAAAAGCAAUUGGAAAACAUUCUUUAUACUCCUGGAAAGCCUUUCCUGGCUCCACAACUUGCUUCUUUAUGGGAGCAACAUUGUGCUCCUAUACUUUAUGAUGAAAAUGUAAAGAAGAGAAGAGCUCAACCAUCUACUUUAGAUUUAAAUUUGGGUGAACGCGAUGACUUGAAUGUUGAAAGAAAUGACCUUCAUAUAGGAGGCUCUAUUAUUCCACGUGGCGUUAGAGAUAGUAUAAGAAGUGAUGAGCCCGAGCGACUUCGUAAAGAAGAAAGCCAACAAAGUUCAAUCAUGAUGACUGGAAUGGAAAACUUUGGGCCUGAAAUGGAUCAUUUUUUUGAUCACUAUUCUUCUGCGGGCGGCAGUACGGACGCGAACAUGGAUUUGUUGGGCCCACUUGGAAGCGAUGGUGGACGAAGACUUGAUUCAAUGGGAUUUAAUGUGCCAGUCACUGAUUUCUUGGACGAUAAAAUGUUAGAAGACGAUAGCUUUGCCUUGCCUAACUAUCCAAUAUUUGGAGAUCUUUCUCUAUUCGAUAAUCCAAGUCACGUAGGACAAUCUACGUCCAUAAAUAUAAACAGUGAACAAGAAGCAAUGAAUUUCUUAGAAUCCAUUAAAACAAUUAUGAAAGAUGCUUGCGUUUCAAUUGCUACUUUCCAAGAUAUCAUGGAAACUCAACACGUUAGAAGACCUGAUGUUGCGAGGAAUUUUUACUACAUUUUGGCGCUCGCAAACAAGAAUUUAAUUAAAGUUAACCAAUCCAAGACAUAUGAUAAUAUCGUGAUUCAAGUUCGAAACGAAUGA